GCACCGGGGUCUAAUAACACUAGUUUAUCUGAAAAACUGACGAAUCACCAACAUCCAGAGUUGUAAUUGGUUGAUACGAAAAAAAAACGCGAAGUUUUGAAAUAAUUGUAUUAUAUAUCUAGGGAUGUGAGAGUUAUAUUUCAACAGAGAAUUCGAUUUAUAAAUAAUUAAUAUGGAUAAUAGUCUGCAAAAAGAAGCCAUGUUUGGUGAUUUAAAAUAAGCAUUGGUUCCUUCAGAAUGCGCCAAGCUUAUUAGAAUGUACCUGAGGAAUCGUUAAUUUCUCACAUUUUCCACUUUGCGUAUAAAUUUUGUCAACGACAAAAGCUGAAAAAUGCAACUAAUGCAUCGAAAACCAUACCAUAAUAAGCCGAGUCAUCGAUUGAAUCAGCACCACUUUUCUAAAGAGCCAUACUACAGCCUAGGCGCGUGAUAUCGAGUUUCGGCUGGAAGUAAACAAAACUGUUACUCAACCAAAUUGGAAUAAAUUCUAGAACAGAAUGGGAAACGGACACGGCGCACGUUGUUAGGAAUAAGUAAAUAUUGCAAGAAAUUGAUUGUCGAGGAAUGAGAAUGAGAUAUGGAGUGCGCCAUUAAUGAAUAAAUGGGUUGUUAUUUAUCGAUAGCUAUAUAAAAAAUUAAGUAAACGUGAAAAAUUAAUAUAUUUUGAUUUUUUAAUUCGGAGUAACCCAAAUGAGCACUGGCUGUAUGACAGAUUUUCAAGUAUUCAAGUACAGCUAGUUUGAGAUAUGACAGUUGGUUGCCUUUCAGCUCGCUCUCUCGAAUUAGUCAGCAUAGUUUUUAGAGACAGUCGGCGAUGUACAAGGUGCGUGAGCCGUUGUGCGUUUAUGAACCGGCAAAUUCGGCCUAACUACAAGAAAAUUACGAGUGUAAUAGUCGUUGAGUGACGCGAUAGUCAUUGUCGCGCAAGAACAAAACUAUGUGCGGUGUGUUUUCAAGAUGUGAUUGGCAGCGAUUCAUUUUUUGGAGAAAUGCGAAAACAAACCGUUUCAAGUUUCGACGGCCGAGUUUCAGUUAUAAGUUUAUGCUAGCUGUGCUGGUUUUGUGUACGUUUCUCUUCACUGUUUACUUGAUGUCAGCUACAGCUCUCAAUUAUCUAUAUCCUGAUCAGCUACACCAAAAUUUCAGUUUCAAUGGUACUUCAUUUGAAACAAUGAAAGGCUAUCUUGUAUGGAACUCGAAGUGCCACAUGCUUUCAAUGAAUCCGCACGACCCGUCUAUCAAAAAUUUUGUGAAAACAGAAAAAUUUGAGCCAUGUUCAACGAAGUUAAGGAUCACGAAGAUCAGCAGGCAGGCCAAUGGAAGUAUGUUUCUCAGGAUUGAUCAGGAUGCGGCCAAGAGCUACGGAAAAUGGUCGUGCUGCUGGUCAAUUAUCAGUAGGCCUAAGGCAAUGAAAGAACUUGAUUACGAUAUUGAUUCUAAGAUUAGUAUAGGGAAGUGUCGUAAUUUUGAGGAUCGCGUACUCUUAGACGUCAGUGUAGAGGCAGUUUACACUCGUUGCUGGACUUUAAGACAAGGACCUUAUAAAAAUAUUCAUGCUGUGAUAAACCCGAAUCGCGUAGACUAUCGAAUGCACAAGCGUAUCCUACCAGCCGAACUUAGACCGAACAAGAAUAGUAUAAAUAGGACGACAUAUCGAAAGCCUCUGAGCGUUCUUAUGCUCGGACUCGACAGCGUGUCUCGGCUGAAUUUCUACCGCACGAUGCCCGCGACCCGAGCCUACUUCGAGGACCGAGGCUGGACCGAGUUGCGCGGCUACAACAAGAUGGGCGACAACACCUUUCCGAAUCUCAUGGCCCUGCUCACCGGUCAGAAUCAGACUUGGGCCUACGCCAAGUGCAGGCCCAAGGCCCUCUACGGCUUGGACAACUGCUCGAUGAUCUGGUACAACUUCAGGGAGGCCGGCUACGCCACUGCCUACGCCGAGGACCACGCGCAGAUCAGCACCUUCAACUACCUCAAGGUCGGUUUCGUGAAGCCACCGACGGACUACUACUUGCGGCCCUACAUAUUGGCUUCUGAAAAGUUACUACCAGGUCGACAGCGCUUCUACACUCAGUAUUGCACGGGUCCCGAGCUCAGUGUCGAUCGAAUCUUCAAUGCCGCGCUCGAUUUCUCUGAAGCUUUCGUUGGCCGCCCAUCAUUUGGUUUCUUCUGGAGCAACACCAUCAGCCACGAAACCGUGAACGGGCCGUCGCUCUACGACGCCAGAUUUCUGGCCAAGCUGCGAGCGAUGGAGGACGCUGGGGUGAUGAACGACAGCAUGAUAGUGAUGCUGAGCGACCACGGGAUGCGUUACGGCGACAUUCGCGACACGUUCGUAGGAUGGUACGAGGAGCGGCUGCCCUUCGUCUACAUCUGGCUGCCGGAGUGGUUCCGCGAGCAGAACCCCGAGUCCUCGCAGGCGUUGCGCGUCAAUCAGAAUCGCCUGAGCUCUCCUUACGAUCUGUACGAGACCCUGCGGGACGUGCUGCAGCGGGCGGGUGGCCAGGCGCCGGCGAGCACCGGCUGCCCCCGCUGCUCCUCGCUCAUGAAGCCGUUGCCGCGCGAGAGGGGCUGCAAGGAGGCCGGCAUCGCGCCUCACUGGUGCACCUGCGCGGCCUUCGAGCCGAUCAGCAGCUCCGACAGCGUGGUCGUCGAGGGCGCGAACAAGUUCGUCGAUCACAUGGAGAACAUCGUGAAACAGUAUAAGAAUAAGAAUGGUAAUCGAGUCUGUUCGCAGCCCAGACUCAAGCGCAUCAUCAGAGUGAAGAAGAUGCUGGACCUCGAGGGCGAUCCCCAAGGCAAGACGCUGAAGCUGUUCUACUUGCUGGAGGUGACGCCGGGCGGCGGCAAGUUCGAGACUACGAUGACCUACAACGGUCCGGGCAACUACACGAUUCGCGAUGAAGAAGUCAGUCGAAUCAAUCUCUACGGUCACAGUGCCAAGUGUCUUAGGGAGGGCUUCAAGCAGUAUUGCCAUUGCGGCUCCUGGUACAAUAUAGUAGAUUUUUUAUUUGGUUGAUGAUGAACCAUAAGCAAUCGAGCUGUUCCGGUUCUGAACAAAAUAUUCGAUCGUCAAAUGACUACAUUUUCCUCGACAUCUGUAUUUUAACCAUGUACUUGACUAGUAAUUAUAGUUCAACAAAAGUCACUUACUAAACUGAGACACUCAACAAGGAUUAAAAGACUCUAACUAAGAUAUUGGAACCUUCAUAAACGUAGUAUAUUCGAAUAUGAAAAUGUAAUUUCAAAUUAUGAACUGUUUUGUUUUGGAAUCUUUUAUUAUACUUUUUAAUUUCUUUUGGUUAUGUAACAGGAUUUCAUUUUAAUUCAGAAUUUUAUCAACCGUCGAAUCUAUCGAACCUAUAAAUCUUAGCAAAAAUGACGACUAACGCCUGUCUGAAUGCAGCAGGUUAAAGGCCAUGAAAACAAAUAUUUGCUUUAUUUAUUGUAAAGAUUGGAGAAAUAAAUUUGUUUUUUAAAUCGUAAAAUUGUAUAGGAUCU